AUGUUUAGAGUAUUUCGUCGUUGUCAUUCGACGCUCGGCUUUGUGUUUGACAUCGACGGCGUGCUUCUCAAGGGCCAGAAUGCCAUCCCUGCGGCAACAGAUACCCUCAACACGUUGCAGGCCCAAAAGAUACCCUUUAUCUUACUCACCAACGGGGGCGGCGUGUUGGAGUCGGCCAGGUGUGAAUUUAUCUCGCAGAAGCUGAAACUGCGCUCGCCCCUGCUGUCGCGGCAAAUUGUGCAGUCCCACACGCCGCUGCGCACUCUCGUCAACAAGCACCGCCGGGUCCUGGUGGUGGGUGGUCCAGCCGACUCGGCCCGAGGGGUCGCCCAGGAAUAUGGGUUCCGCGAGGUGCUAAGGCCCAUCGACCUGAUCAGAGCCAAUCCGAAAAUCUGGCCGUUCCACAAAUAUACCAAGCAGGAGAUCGACGAGUGGUCGUUAGAGCCAGAAAUCAGCAAGGUGGAUGUCAAUGGAGAGAACGAGCCAAUCGACUCCAUUAUGGUCUUUAACGACCCGCGCGACAUGGGCUCUGAUUUCCAGAUCAUCAUGGACUUGUUGAAUUCAGAGGGUGGGCUGUUGGGGACACGGCGGACUUACUCGUCGUCCACGCCGUCGGUGCCUAUCAUUUUCUCCAACAAUGACCUGCUGUGGGCCACCGAUUUUAAGCUGCCCCGGUUCGGCCAGGGAGCUUUCAAAAUCAUGAUCCAAGCAUUGUACCAGCAUACAAAUAACGGCCAGCAGUUGCAACAGCUCACUUUGGGAAAACCGUACAAGGUGACAUACCAGUAUGCUCAUCAUGUACUGAUAGACUACUAUGAGAAUCUCCAGAACGCGGAUUUCGAAAGGCCUCCUUGCCUGCCACAGUUGAACGUCGCACCAGCAAAAUCACCUUUCGACAGGGUAUUCAUGGUUGGAGACAACCCGGAAUCAGACAUCCUGGGAGGCAACUCGUACAACUGGGACACUAUUCUGGUGAGGACGGGCGUUUACAAAGACGGGGAUUUUGAGCAAAACCCAAAACUGGCAAAACCAACUUUCGGAACCUUCGAUAACGUCCGGGAUGGUGUGUUCGCUGCCCUAGAAAAAUACGCAUGAUAUCAAAUACAUUAACUCAUCUAAUUAAGCGGGCUCGGCCUCUAUGAUCUAGACCUUGGAUGCGACAGUCUGUUCGCUUUGAAGCUUCAAAGCGUUUCUCUCGUAGCUCUUCUCCUUGCAGCUUUGGAGACCUUUGCACUUGUGACUCUCUAGCAAUCUGUGCUUGGAGCAGAACUUUCCGUUGCAAAAAGAGCAGUCGCCCACCAUCCGCAGCGGCGCAGAGUUGCACGAUUCAAAGCUGCACUUGUUGCUCUUCUUGCUGGACUUUCUUCUCACCUUGGUCUUGGGCUGCUCGACAACAGUUGACUCAUCAUCGGACAGAGCAGAUGACGACUCGUCGAUGCAAGUCAGAUACACAGUGGAAUUCGAGUUCUGUGUGAUUCCAUAGGACUCCAACGACUUGGAAAGCUCCAUCUUCUUUCCGGAAUACCAGACCUUGACUUUCGAUUUGUUAACCCCAGAAUCUGGAGGUAGGGCCACCACGGCAGCCACCUUGAGGUCCCCCACAGUGGAAUUAUCCGGAACGGUGACCUGGAACGCUUGGUCGUUGGACGAUUUGACAGUAACCUUCAUUUGCUAACACACUAAUGGGAAAG